AUGGUCUCUUUCAAGCAACUUUCUCUUACCACCGCUGUCGCCCUCAGCAUUGCUGAGACUGCAGUCGCCCUUCCCAUUCGCAGCAACGGCAACGAUGCUGAUCUUGCCGCACGCGACUCUGAAUCUCUUGCAAAGCGAGCGUUCCACAAGAACCUGCUCAACAACUCAUUCAAGGCUCUCAACCUUGGCAACGCCAUCGCCGGCAUUGUCAUGUCUGAACGUGACAAUGAGGAGCGUGCAGUUGAGGAGGACGUCGAAGAGCGCGACUUUGAGGAAGACCUCGAGGAGCGUGACUUCGAGGAGGAAAUAGAGGAGCGUGACUUCGAGGAAGAGCUCGAGGCCCGUGAUUACGAGGAAUACCUUGAUGAGCGCGAUUACGAGGAAGACCUCGAGGAGCGCGACUACGAUGAUUACCUUGCGGAGCGUGAUUUCGAGGAUUAUCUCGAGGAACGUGCUCUGGAGGAGCGCGCCAAGGGUCGAUUUAGCCCCAACAUCGGCGAGAACAUUGGUAAUGGAUUGGAUGCCGCUUAUACCAUCGCGACUACGUACGGCACCAUCAAGAACGUGGUCAAGUCCGCCAUGGGUGGAGGCGAGGGUAAGCGCGAUGUGGAGGAGCUCGACAGGCGUGCCUUUGAGGACCUUGUCAGGGAGCUGUACUAUUAA